AUGGCGAGCGACAUUUCAUCGCCAGCAUUUUCGCCGGACCCCGAAGUGAGGCUCUUCAAGCUGCAGCGAGGAGGCCUCACGGCGACCAUCACCAACCUUGGCGCCACUGUCACGAGCCUUACCGUCUCCGAUGCACGCGGUCAGCUGCGUGACAUAGUUCUUGGUUUUGACACCGCUCAGCCAUACCAGGAUGGCACAUCCCCGUACUUCGGCUGUGUGGUGGGCCGAGUGGCCAAUCGCAUUGCAGGAGCUCAAUUCAAUCUGGACGGUCAGGUCCACCAUCUGACGGCCAACGAUAACCCUCGCCCCAACACUCUGCAUGGUGGCAAGGUGGGAUUCGACAAGCGAAUUUGGCAUGUGGUGGGCAAGGAUGAAUGCGACGAAAUAGGAUCCGCUGAAUCAUCGGCAGCAUCAGCAUCCGCAUCAGCAGAGGAGGGAGGAGCACCAGGCAGCAGCACGGAGUUGAAUCUGGCACUGACGAGUGGGGACGGGGAGGAGGGGUUUCCAGGGAGGGUGGAGGUGCGGGUGACGUACAGGCUGGUGGGCGAUGGGGAGAUGGUGGUGGCCAUGGCAGCACGUGCUGUUGACAGGGACACGCCCGUCAGCAUGGCACAUCACAUGUACUGGAACCUGGGCGGCCAUGCCAGCGGAACAGUGCACGACCACAUUGUGCGAGUCAACGCCUCCCACUACACGCCAAUCAAUGCCAACCACAUCCCCACGGGUGAAAUCCUGCCGGUAGUGGACACCCCGUUUGACUUCCUCUCAAGGGAGUUCCCCAUUGGCGCACGCAUGGCUGACGUGGCAGGCGGGUACGAUCACAACUACGUGCUACACAGCACACACACGUGGAGUGGAGAUGUGGCGGCUGGGGGGCCAGGAAGUGCAGGAACUCAAGGAACGGACGGAGUGGAAGCAGCAUUGGGGGAUGGGGCGACGAAAGAGGGUUGCGAAUUGGGGAGAGGAGCAGCAGAUGAAGCCACAGGGGCGGUGGUCGCAGGGGAGAAAUUGUUUUUGGCUGCCCGAGUGCGGCACCCGGAAACAGGCAUCGUCAUGACUCUGUCCACUAAUGCCCCUGCCAUGCAGUUCUACACAGGCAACUUCCUGGAUGGUUCAUUCAAAGGGAAGGGAGGCACAGCUUAUCAGCAGCACGCAGGCUUCUGUCUUGAAACACAGGGCUUCCCGAAUGCGGUCAAUGAGCCCAAGUUCCCUUCCGUCAUCCUAAGGAAAGGCGAGCGCACUGUUCACGUGAUGCGAAUACAGUUCAGUCAUGAAUAG